UUCCGGCUCUCCCCCUAAUUAUGCCUCAACCAUUUCUUCACCCUUCCAGUCAAACCAAUGGCUGCGUACAACACAAUAUCGAGCUUCACGAGAGCCUUCCUACCUCGAGCUUCUCGCUUGAGUAGACCGCGAUGUGCUCCUCCAGCUUCAUGUCCCAUCCGAUCGCAAUCUCCUCGAUAUCUUAGCUGCACAGUCGCUCGCCGCACCGAGAACACAGACGAAGAGAGAAAAUGGUCCACUCCGUUGGCAAAACAACUAGCCGACGCAAUUAUGAUUACCGGACCCAUCCCUCUCGCAAGCUACAUGCGAAUGUGUCUGACGGGCGACAUUGGAGGGUACUACACGGGUCUGAUCGAGGAGGGCAGAGAUCAGUUCGGCCUGAAGGGUGACUUUGUCACUUCCCCUGAGAUAUCUCAGAUAUUUGGCGAGCUUGUCGGUAUCUGGUUCGUUACCGAAUGGCUAAGCCAGGGGAAGCCAAAGAAAGGCGUUGAGCUGAUGGAGCUUGGUCCCGGGAGGGGCACGUUAAUGGACGAUGUGCUACGCACUAUUCAAAACUUCAAGGAUUUUGCGCAAAGCAUAGAGACAAUCUACAUGGUUGAAGCGAGCCCUACCCUCCGAGAGGCGCAAAAGGCGUUGCUCUGCGGGCCCGAUGCGCCCAUGACCGAGUCAAAGAAUGGAUACCACAGCGUCUCUAAAUAUGGGAAUAUACCAAUUGUCUGGACCGAGUCGGUCCGUUCAGUCCCGGACGACCCGAACAACAUGCCCCUGAUCGUCGCUCACGAAUUCUUCGACGCCCUCCCCAUCCAUGCCUUCGAAAGCGUGAAAGUGGCGUCUCAGCCCAAAUCCGCGCCCACUGGCACCCCGACUUCGACACCUGAAUCUUCCCCCUCGAGAUCCACUGCCCCUGCCACCAACGACAAGGACUCUGGUCCCACGUUCGAGUGGCGCGAGUUCGUCGUGUCUCCGACGCCUCCUGACGCAACCCACGCUUCCCUCAAUAUUCCCAAAUCCGAACAACAAGACCCCAUUCCGGACUUCCAGCUCACUCUCUCCGCCGCGCCAACCAACCACUCUCGCUAUCUACCCGAGUCCUCCCCGCGCUACCGCGCUCUCAAACACACACCCGGUUCUGUCAUCGAGGUCUGCCCAGACGCGACAAUGUACGCCGCCGACAUCGCCGCCCGCAUAGGCGGCACCCCCGACCGUCCGCGUCCGCGCCCCGCCGGCGCAGCCCUCAUCCUCGACUACGGCCCUGCCGACACCAUCCCCGUCAACUCCCUCCGCGGCAUCCAGCGUCACCGCCGCGUCAACCCCUUGUCAGCCCCCGGCCUCGUCGACGUCAGCGCCGAUGUUGACUUCACUGCCAUUGCCGAAUCCGCCACCAAGGUCAGCGAGGGGGUGGAAGUCCACGGCCCUGUUGAACAGGCCGUGUUCUUGAGCCAGAUGGGCAUCCGCGAACGCGCCGAGAUGCUCACCCGUGCGCCGGGGGUAUCCGAGGAGCGGGCCGCUGAUAUUGGCCGCUCGUGGCGGCGCUUGGUGGACCGCGGACCAGGUGGCAUGGGUAAGGUCUACAAAGCCAUGGCCAUUCUACCGGAGAAAGACGGCAAGAGACGUCCUGUCGGGUUUGGCGGCAGUAUUUGAGUCUCAUCCCACCUGAUUUAGCAGCGCAGAGCAGCGCAGCGCAUUUUCCAAUCUUUGAGGUCCUACCGAGAGGCUGUAUAUGUACGAGUUUAGGGGGGGGACGGCGGAUCAAGCCACCCGCAGUGGAGGACGCUUCUACUUCGGCGUAGCCUGACAUAGAACCCUGUAUGACCAUGUCGCUUAAAAUAACCACUAAUAACAAAACCUGU